AUGAACCAGACAGCCACCAUGUCAUCCAUGCCAAUGGAGCUCAAUCUGCCCUGGGUGGUUCCCGGUGGCCAGCGCAUCAGCUACUACGUCGCCAUAAGCGCAAUGCUAGUGGCAGCCUGGCUAUUUCAGUCGCGAAGGCCAAAAUUUCCCAACAUGCCUUUCUACAAGGCCGACAAGACGAAGUGGAUGUUUGACGCUGAGACUUUGAUUCGCGACAGUUACGGCAAGUUCCGCGACACCGUAUAUCAAAUCAAAGCAACAGAAGGGCUGCAGGUAAUCGUACCUGCCAGACUCAUUGGCGAGCUGAGAAGCUUGCCAGAGGAGACGUUGAGCGCCACAGAGGCCGUCGAUGAGGCCAUGUUGAGCAGAUAUACCAACUUCACCCUGGGCAACCAUGCCGACCUACUGUCUACACUAAUACGGUGCAAGCUCUCGCAGAAUCUGGCCAGGCUCGUGCCUCAGCUCAAGGGCGAGCUCGAGCAUGUCGUGGCUACAGAGUUUCCGAACUGCAAGGGUCUAGAAUGGACACCGGUAAAGUUCCAACCCUUUGCGCUGCGAGCUAUUGCACGGAUGAGUGGCCGAGCGUUUGUAGGCCCUGACAUCAACCGACAAGAGCAGUGGAUGGACAUCAGCAUCAAUUUUGCCAUCCAUGUCUUCGUCGCCGUUGUGAAGAUGCAGCUCUUCCCAGAGUGGGCUCGUCCGAUCGCGCAGUAUGGAGUCUCAGAGCUGCGUCAGAUUCGUAAAGAUAUCAAUAAGGCCACCACCAUGCUGGAACCCAUCAUCCACGAAAGAUUAAGGGAUCUGGAGAUGCCUAGCUACGAAAAGUCUCCCGACGAUUUGAUUCAGUGGCUCGUGGAAGCCCUUCCAGAGGACGAGAAGAGGGAUGUCAAAUCUCAGGCGCAUCUCCAGCUCAUCCUGGCGGCUGCGUCGAUUCACACCACGAACAACCUGGUGACGGAUUGCAUCUACGACCUAGCGGCUCAUCCAGAGGUGCAGGAUAUGCUGCGUGAAGAGGCUCAUCAAGUCCUCGAGGUAGAGGAUGGUUGGGCGCGGAAGGAGAGCAUGGCGAAGUUGAAGAAGCUCGAUAGCUUCAUGAAGGAAACCCAGCGGCUCGCUGGAAACAUCACCUCCUUCAUCCGAAAGGUCGUUAAGCCCAUUGACCUCUCCGACGGUACCCACCUGCCCCCCGGCACGAAACUUCUGGCCCCUCAGGCCGGCAUCUCUCACGACGAGAGAUACUUUGAGAACCCAGACACUUUCGACGCGCUGCGGUUCUACAAAUUACGGCAGAAGUCCGACGAGGACGCAAACAGGUGGCAGUUCACCAGCAUCAGCGACACGAACAUGAAUUUUGGCGCCGGGAAGCAUGCCUGCCCGGGCCGGUUCUUCGCAGGGAACGAGAUCAAGAUGGUCCUGGCGUACUUUUUGCUCAACUAUGACAUGAAGCUCAAGGACGGGGAGACACGACCGAAGCCGAUGGUCAUGGUGAUGAGCAAGUCGCCUGAUCCGAACGCGGAGGUUUUGUUCCGGAGGCGAACGGUGGCAGCGUAA